AUGUCGCGGCGGCCGGCAUCCGACACCUUUACUCGCUUCACCUCUACAACACCCCAUGCUACCACAUUCACCUAUCAACCUGCCUCGCGUCCCGCAGGCAGGAACACAUCCUCUCCAGCACCGUCCUCCUCCCCUUCGCCUCCACAACCUCCUUCUUCCCACAAAGUACCCUCUUCGAACGAGACGCCAAUGGAAAGAGUCGCCCGUCUCCGCGCCGCGCACGAAGCCGCAAAAACAUCCGCAAUUUCUUCCCCUCUUGACCGCCUGAUCUCGAGCGGUCGAGUCAUUGCCGAUCGCGCUCACCGCAUUACCGCGUACGGCCUGAUAUUCUUCUCCGGCCUAGCGGUCUGCGUGACCGCAUACGGCACAAUCUCGCUCAUCGCGCACUCGAGAAGACAAAAGCGGGCGUGGGUCGAGAGGGAAUUGAACAGGUUGGACGAAGCCAGGAGGGCUUUCUUAAAGGGCGAAGCGAACGCGGAGCAGUUGCAUUUGCUUGAGCAGGAGCGUGCAGGCCAGGAGAUAGAGGCGGCGAGGAUGAGGGAGAUAGAGAGGAAGAAGCAGGAAGGCUAUUGGAGCAAGCUGAAGGGCGUUGUGGGUGGACAGGUGGCAAAGGGGACAAUGGGGGAGGAGACGGCCGAGGAGAAGAGUCGGAGGGAAGCCAGAGCCGCGUGGAAACAGAGGGGCAUCAAGGCAGACGAGGAAGGCUGGAUUGAAGGCGAAGUCCGACCUGUUCUAACAGGGACUCCCGCGGUGGAAGGCGUUCGAGUGGCACCGAGUGGCGUCCAGGGGGUAGGCAUCGAUUCAAAGGGACGCCCUGUGCCCGCGAAUAAGGUCGAGUAUAUCACGAGAAAAGUGGAAGACGAGACUGGACGAGGCGAAAAGGACCUUGGCGCGAAACCGGCAACUGUGGGAGGGCCGUUGGAUGUCAUGGCCAGCAACGUGGUGGGCAGUGUUGCCGGAGCUUCAACGGAAGGAGGAAGAAGUUGGUUGAGUUGGAUUAGGGGAGGCAACAGCAAGUCAUAG